GUGUCUUUGUUUAAGUAAUAAAUAAAUUUUUAGUUUGUUGGUGUCUAGAAUAAUAUAUGUAUGAAUACAUAUUCUAGAUGUGAACACAAAAAUUAAUAUAUUGUGCUGUUUAUUUAAUUCCAAUUAAUUUAAGAUUUUCAUUUAAAAAAUGAGUACAACAGCUUCUGCACCAAAAUAUAAUGAAAAACCUCCACCAUAUACACCAACAGCAAGUAAUGGUGUUCCUCUACCAACGUAUCAACAAGCACCAGUGCAUACUAUUCCCCCCGGAUAUUAUCCAACACCAACAGCUCAUUUAACACCACUGCCAGGGAGUUAUGUGACUUCAUAUGGUGCUACUGCAGGUGCAACACAAGUUGUAAUGCCGGAAAUUAUAAUUGUCGGUGCAUGUCCAGCAUGUCGUGUUGGUGUUUUAGAAGAUGAUUAUACAUGUUUAGGAAUAUUUUGCGCCAUAUUCUUUUUUCCACUUGGCAUUCUAUGUUGUUUAUUACUUAAAAACAAACGAUGUUCAAAUUGUGGAGCAUAUUUUGGUUAAUUUUAGGAAUGGUAUUCUAAUAUAUUGUAAAAAUAUAAUUGAACUUUUUAUUUUUAAAUAUAAAAAUAGCUUUGUCAAAUUGAUUAGCUAUUAUUUAUUUUGAAGUUUUUUUUGUAAUUAAAGUACAUUCGUCCUAGCAAAAAGUCUGUAAAAAUUAUGAGACAACAAAAAAUUUGAAUGUAGAUAGCUUUUAAAACAGUGGCGUAGCUACUGAAGGGCUAGCUAGUUUUUUUACAACAGAGCCUUUGAUUACCUAGUUACGUCACUGUUUUAGAAUGUAGAAUUCUAUUCUUAUAGGUUUAAAAAACUUGAUUUUUUGCAAAAAUAUUUUUUUUAAAUAUUUAAUUUUUGUAUUUAUCAUAUUGUGAGUAAUUCUCUCAAGUGUGGAUGAACAACUUUCAAAACGAAAUUUACUACGUUAACCUUGAUCCUUUAUAAAA